CAGAAGAUAUGAAGAAGUUCAAACGUGUGUUUGGCUCUAUAACAAACCUUGCCCAAGAUGACUCGUCCUCACGAGGAGCGCCCCCUCCUGCCGCCCUCAGUACCUCCCGAAGGAGUGUUUCAGGCUCUUUGCAUGGCUCCUCUGGAAGUCCCCACAGGGGCUCUUAUGUUAGCUACGAGAGCCAGUCUUUGGACUCUUACAACAGCAACCUCUCAGCUGGACAGACAGAAAUCGAUCCCUACAGCAAACAGGACAAGAAUUUUACCAAGUUGCACAAGUGGGCUUAUCUGGGAGAUGUAACCAAGCUCAAAAAGUUCAUUAAGAAGAUUCCAGUAGAUGCACAGGACAGCGAAGGGAAAACAGCGCUACACCAUGCAGCAUUGCAAGGUCAUGGAGAUACCAUACUGUUCCUCUUGGGCAGCAAAGGCAACGUGGAGAUGCAGGACAACUGUGGCAUGACUCCGUUCCUCCGAGCAGUAGAGAAAUGCCAUUUGCCAGUGGUCCAGAUGCUGUUGCAGAGACGAGUUGACACACAAAUUACAGACUUCCAAGGCAACACCCCUGCACAUCUGGCAGCCAGAACAGGAGCCACUGAACUACUGACACUCUUAUUAGACUGUGGGUGUGAGUACGACGACCAGAACUCCCUUGGCCGCAGUCCCUUACACAUAGCAUGCAGUGAGAAUCAGCUGGAGGCAGUGGAAGCUUUACUGAGACAUGGUGCAAGUGUGAAUGUUAUUGACAAGGAGGGAGUCACUCCUCUUAUGGUUGCUGCAAAGAUUGGCAGUGCCCCGGUGGUUGAGUCCCUUCUUGACAACGGUGCAGAUGUCAACCCUGUCGAUUCCAGUAAAUGGUCGGCUGCAGACUAUGCUCGCUUCACGAACCACAACCAGCUACACCAACGCUUGAAAAGCUUAAUGCAGGAUGGAGGGAGCAGCGGCUUGAUUCCCCAAGGCUUGCUAAAUAUAAGUGAUGAGGUAAGCACUGAAGAAGAAGGGGCUGUGGGCCUAACAAGAGACAGAGACGUGGAUGAAGACGGUGGUGAUUCUUGGAGUGAUAACAGCGACGUUGCAUCCAUCAAAGAGAAGCCGAAAAUUAACUUGACUAAGUUCCUGCCUUCUUCUGAUGAUUCUGGAGAUAACAUUUUUUCUAGCACUCCAGAACCUGGGAGUAUUAUUGGACCUCCCAAGCCUCCUCGCCUUCAUGCUAGUGUCUCUAGUGUAGCUUCAGAACCAGCAAAUGAAAAUGAUGAAGACACUACUAGCAACAAGGAGGAGGAACUAGGUGCAGACGACUCUUGGAAAUCAUCCUCCGAGGAAGAUGAACCAAAGAGAGUUCUCGGACAUGUCAGCAAAGAUGAGGAAGAGGAGACUGUUGAUAAGAAAAAGGAAAGUAAGAAGGAAAACGUGUCGGAGGCAGAUAAUUCUUGGAAAUCAUCAUCUGAAGAAGAUGAGCCAAAGAAAAAAUUAUUUUCAUUGUUUCACGGUGAAAGUAACUCCCCAAAACUCAGGAGAGACGAGCUGCUGGAUGAUCGUGAACCUAAGCAGUCUGAGUCUCGGGCAGGAAAUUCCAAGAUGCUGGCUGACUUGGGACUAGACAACAUGGAAUUUCACUCAUCAGAAGAAGUGUCUUUUGAAGAUGAGGAUUCCAUGCUACCCAUUGAAGGCACCCCGACAAAAGUCACAGUCAGCCGGAGAAAUUCACAGGCCGUUGGUAGCAAUGCGGGAGGUGGUGGGUCCUUUGGUGGGUCUCCGGCUUCCGUAUCACCAAGAGGACAGUUUCCCAAAGUAUCUGAGGAUGAGGCAUCUUCUAAUGACUUCUCAAAUUCUGGUAAUCAAAAAUUGCCUCUGAGCAGUCGCUCUCCCACAAAGGCCAAAGAGGAGGGCGGGAAUGUCUCACCUCAGAAGACUUCUCCAAAGAAAUCACCCACAAAGAGGUCCCCGUUGAAAGCUAAAAUGAUACGCAAGAGCUCCAGCAUCUUCGACAGCGACACGGAUGAAGAAGUAGCAUCGCCACGUCGGCCUCCAAGGAGAAAGAGCCUAACUCCAACGAAGAAGAAGUUUAGCCCUUCCUCAUAUGAGAGUUCACCCAGGAGCCAAGACAAUAAGGAUGAGGAAGACAACAAUGUAGGCAGUUCCUCACUUACAGAAUGUGCAGAAAAUGCAAAGGCAGCUGCAAUUGAUGGGAAAGAGGUAUUAGAUGCUCUGGAAAGGAAAAGGGUUGAGGUCGCUCCCCAAGGAAAGCUCUCAGACAGCAGCACAAGCGGUGGGAGCAAAAUCUCUCUCGGUGCCGGAGGAAUCGCCAGUUCACGCACAAACUCCCCCUCAACAGUGGUGGGAACUCUAGGGCGGGAGGGAACCAUGCAAGAAUUGGAGGAGGUUUGGGAGGCAAAUGCUAGCAUCAGCCCCAAGAAAUACCACUCCAGCACAAGCAACCUUGGUUCAGAAGAUUCACCUGAGCAUGAAAAGUCUGACGAAAAUGUCAAGACAAAAGCAAAACCAGAUGUGCAUAAAGAUGAAACUGAUGGAGUCCCAAAGGAAGGAGAGAUUGUACAACAGCAAUUAGAAGACCAAGGAAGAAGAGAGACGAUGAAGACCAGCAAUCAACCGGAACCUGAGAAUACAAGUCGAGAUGUCAGUGAUGAUGACCUUAUCUCGGGGGGAAUUGAAUCAUGGUUGCCAGGUAGGCAUGAGGCCGGCCACACGCAGGAUCCAUCAGGAGCUUCGCCCUUGAAGAUGGGAAGGAUGCCAACUUCCUCAGAGGUCAGAGCUUCAGAGGGUAAAGGUAAUGUCCAGUCUCUCAAAGAAAAGUUUUCUGUGUCUCUAGAAGACUCUGUAUCGUCUCCAAGAAGUAGAGCCACUGUUAGAACUCCCAGACAGAUGUCUAAGGAGGAGCAAGUGUCACCAAUAUCAGCCAUUCAAGCUAAUGACAAUGUCUCUCCGUCCAAGAAACCAGAAGCUCCCAUUUCUACUCCAAGGAGAGAGACCCCAGUCACCAGCACACCUCAGAGCAGGAAGGGUUCCAGGAGCGGCACAAGACGUUCAAGCGGUCUUGGCAGCAUUCUCAGCACACCUCAGAGCAGGAAGGGUUCCAGGAGUGGCACAAGACGUUCAAGCGGUCUUGGCAGCAUUCUGUUCAGUGAUGAUGAAUCAAUUGUGCCUGACCCCCUGACGACCCCUCGCUGUGCAGAUGAUGCGGAUGACAUGAUGUCAGUGGCAUCCACAGAAACUGAAGAGAGCACGCAUAUCAACUCGGGGCUGAAGGACUCUAUUUUGACUCCCUUGUCAUCUUUACCAGAAGCAAAUAACGUCAAUCAACUGCAGGAUUUGGUGAGAGAGUUGAGAUUGAAAUUAGAGAAAGAGUUUGGUCGACGUGCCGCCCAGGAAACGAAGAUAUCCCACAUGCAGCAGACAGAGAAGCAAUUUAAGAAGCACAUUGAUGAACAGGAAGAACAGAUGCAGCACCAGCAGCAAGAGAUCUCCAGUCUCAUGGCAAGGAUCAAACAGCUUGAAUAUAGAGGUAAAUGUGAGCAAGAUUCAUCUCGACUUAAAGACCAGUCGCUUGAAGAAGCUCAGCAACAGUGUGUACAAUUGCAAGACCAGUGUGUGCAUUUGAGAGCUCAUGCCCAGCAACAAGAGGAACUUGUUGAUUCAUUGAUGGGGCAGUUGGAGACAAAAGAACGUGUGAAUCAGAUCCUUCAGAGCAAGGUGGAGGAACUUUCAUCCCAGACAAAAUUUGUUUCCAUGAAGAGCUGUCAGACAGAGGAAAGUUAUUUUGCAUCACAGUCAACAGCAACUAAUGACAUCCAGCCAGAAGAAAGCAAAAAAGCAGAUGUGGCAUUGCAGACUGUCUGUUCUACACCAGAUGCAGUGGAUGCAGGGAUUCAGACAGAAGCUGUGACUCAGGAAGACUUAAUGACAAAAAGCAUUGAAAGUGUGCCUCUUCAACAAGCCAGGCAGAUAGAAACAUCAUCAUUGUCAACGCAAACAGAAGAAAGUGUGAAGAAAGAAGUAUGCAAUGUUCAAGAUGCAGAAACACAGAGUGAAGAGUGUAAAGAACCAGAGGGCAUCAGCACAGGUAUCCAGUGCACAUCAGAAACUGUCGUGAAGUCAUGCCAGACUCAGAUCCUUGUCCAAAGUCAUACUGUGCAGACUGACUUGACAAGUUCAAAUAGCCAUAUUCAGCCAAAGAAGGUAGUUAAAGAUAUUCCAUGCCAGACAUCAGCACUUGGAAGGCAAGCAGCAGUUCAGACAGAUUUCCAGGAAGAUGCAUCUCCCAGGAAGUCACCAGAUGGGCGGCAGGAGAUGAGCCCUAAUAUUAGCGUUCAUGACAUAACAUCAGCGCUUGAACCGGUACUCCUAAACUUUUCAAACGAUGUUAAAACUCUAAUAACAGACACAUUUGAUGUCAACCAGACCUCUACCCUAGAGAAUAUUAGUCAGUGUCUUAUUAGGGAGAUACAAAAUAUUGGAAGCAGCCUUGAGACAUCUCUCCAGCAAGCAUCUUCAAUGCAGUGUGAAGAUACUCAACAGAAAUUUAGCAGCGCUAUGGACCGCAUAGAGGAAUCCUUGCGAUUGCAGCUAGAGACAACUGCGCAACUUCUCCAAAGCAGGGAGAGAAAUAAUUCAGGAGAGAUUCAAGAGGUUCUUGAGAAGGUAAACUCUUCUCUUGUCACAAGGUUUGAAGAGGUGAGGAAUGACCUGAAUAAGAUACAGAGGCAGAGGGGGUCCAGUGAACAAGAUGUUUUGGAGAAGCUGGAUUCGUCUUUCCGAAAUCUUAAGGAGAGUAAUGACUACAGUCUGAAGAGCUUGUCAGACUCCAUCAAAACAAGCAAAGACUAUAAUAUGCAUGCCAUUGAGACUCUGAAGGAUGAUUUAAUGCCAAAGUUUGCUGAAAUGAAGAGGGCCAUUGCAGCUAACCAGCCUGAAGAUAGUGGCAUAACAGAAUGCCUCAGCAGGGAUAUCACAGAUAAGCUGGGGAAGAUGGAGAGGUCCCUUGUGUCAUCAUUCGAGAAAAGUCUGAGCAAUCAGGAUUUGUCAGGUGUAGAGCAUGAGGUUCACAGAAUGUCAGAAGAAUUGCAAAGAAAGAUCUCUGCUCUCCAGCACGGCCUGCAGUCUGUUGAUUCAGGGUCAAGACUGGAUUUGACAGAGGUGGAGGCAGACUUGAAGAGCAUCAGGGAGAGCAACAAGCAGGUCAUGUCCCUCCUUAAAGCCCGGUCAUCUGAAGCAAACACCAACCUGAGCGAAGCGCUGGAAGAAAAUUUCCUCAUCCUGCAAGAUAACCUACGUCGACUCCAGCAGACUCUGGUGCAGAGAAUUAAUGAAGUGUCUCAGCAUGCUAAUCUGGCCGAGGACCAGAAACUGUCCUGGCUAUCCAAGCAGAUAACAGAGAUGGCCACCCAGGUCGCAGGGAUGCAGACAGGACUCAUGCGCAUGCAAUCAUCCCUCGAAGCAUCCCAGAGUCUGCCAUCUGCCAGUGGAAUCAUUGAUGAGUCUCUCAUAUCUUCCCUGAAAGCCAGUAAUGAGCAAGCAGUGUCAAGUCUGAAGUUCCAGAACCAAAGCAUGAUACAGCUGUUAGAAUCUUUGCAGAAAGAUGUCCAUAGCUUUAUACAUCAGAAACCCAUGAUAAAGGAUGGGCCUGAAGUGCAGCUGUUAAAGGAUUCCUUACACAAUAAAGACCUGGAACUGGAUAGACUCUCUAGCAGUCAAGAAAAACUUCAAGAGAAGGUUCGCUUUCAGAGUGCAAAUCUGGAACGUUUACAGCAAGCAGAGCUCCACCACCAGCAGACAAUAGAGUCUCUCACAAGGGAGCUGAAGGAGGCGCAGAACACACUCAGAGAAAAGGAUGAGAGAAUUCACGAAGUAGCCCUCAAGACAGCCAGCCAGAGUGAUGAUUCCUCCAGGAUCCGUCAGGAGAAUUUCCGCCUCAGCUCAGAGAAUGGCAAGCUCUCAGCACUGUUGCAGGCAGAGCAACAUCAGAGGCAGUGGUACGAGGGGGAGCUGCACGGCCUGAAGGAAGCUAAGGAUAUUUCUGAGGCCAAAGUCCAAGAGUUGAUCCAGCUCAUACAAAUGCCGCGACAGCAGCCUCCCAUGCUCCGCACUCCUCCGACAGGCAGAGACAAUGAUGAUGAUAGUCUUGCAGACAUGAAGAAAGAAAUAAAGAAACUGGAAGAGGAAAAGUUGGAGGCAGAGAAGCGGUAUAAGGAAGAAUGCAACAGAGCCCAGCGUUUGGAACUGCGGCUGAGAGAAACUGAGGCAGAGCUGGGAUUGGAAAGAAAUUCCAAAGGGGACCUUGAGAAGCAGCUGAGGAAGACCAAGGACAGUCUCACACAGCUCCAGCAAGGUAUCAACGAAGCCACACAAAAUCAAGAAUCUCUGCAGGAUCUGACAGACCAAAAGAAAGAGCUCGAGGCUGAGAUCAGAAAUAGCAAUGACACCAUAGAAACACUCCGGAAGAAGAUAGAGAGCAUAAACCAAGAGAAGCUGCAGCUGAAACAAGAAGUCAUGAUGCUGAAAGGAGAGAAGCUGUCCUUUGAACUGAUCAGGCAGGAGAAGGAGCUAGCUGAGCAGAUGCAGAAGAGAGCAGAAGAGCAGUUGAUGGAGUUGCAGAGGAAAAUCCCCAGAGAAUAUGUGCCAAAAGCAACACUGCUCCACCUUCAGGCUGAGAUUGAGAGCAAAUGUCAGCUUGAGUUGAGCAACAAACUUGCUGAAUUAAACCAGCUCAUUGACCAGCAGAGUCAGCAACAGCAGUCUCAAGCCAAAGUCAAAGAGAGUCAAGAGCAGGGACUAAGGAACGAAAUCUCGAGGUUAUCCGAGGAAAUAAUACGCCUGCGGGCAAAACUAAGUGUAUAUAGCGAGGAGGAAGAUACGUGGAAAACACGGCACAACAGACUCAUGGAUCUCUACCAACAUGAAGUGCAGACCAAACAUAACCACAUCCACAAAAACUCACAGACAAACAAACCCAAAGAAGAAUCCGUUUCCAUCAACCUCCGUGAGAUCAAUGCUCACCUGCAGACGCCCUUUGCCUCAUCAACAUUUUUGGGGCAGCUAACACCACCCUCGUCUAUGCACCUUCCAAAAGCUCCAAGCAAUAUUGACAGUUACCAUUAUACUCACUCGGACACACUGGACCGAACUCUCAACAAGUACCUAAGUUCAGUUGAUGAAAGGCCAAGGUCCGUGAGAACAGACGACAAGCCCCAAGCCAGAACGUCGCCGGCCCAGCCUCCUCCCACACUUUGGCGGAAGGAACAGCUGCCAACCCUAGACAGAUCCUGUGAAGAUUACGUUGACCUUCUAAGAAAGAAGUACGGCCUGUGAUGGAACGUGUGCAAUUGUACACUAUUAAUAAUCGAUGGAGAGGGAUGAUCAGGAUAAUUUGUACUGUAGCAAUUACGGUGGUUUUACAAGUUAUCUGAAUGCAUUUUUUGGUGUGUCUUGCCAUGCAUUUGUAAAAUGGGUGAUUACUGAUAGAUGUGUUUUAUUUUUUAAUACUUGAAUUCCCGAUUAACUGUGCUAUGAAUAGUCCUCUACCUCUUGGUGUAAUUAGAAGCCGUCCAUACUAAUGAUACUGUCCUUUGUGUGCCUGAAUUAUUUUUAUUAGGACUUUUUAAAUAUAUGAAGUUAAUGUUAUGGAAUGUGGAUAUCUUAAAUAAUAUGAGAAGAGUAAGUGAUUCCCUUUUUUCUAAUUCGUGACACUUAGUUUUGAAUGACGGAGAAGUGAAUCUGUAUUAUCAACAGUUUGUAUUAACCCCUUGAAUAGGCUUAAGGGAAGUGCAACGGCCACAAAUGAGCACAAUUACUGACCUGUUCAUGUUUCCAAAAAUGUUUUGCAUUAUAAAAAUAGUUGGUAAUGAUUAAGAAAUACUGGAAAUUUAUGCAUUUUAUCACUUACUUUGAGGGGUUAAGCACACUACAUAUAUGGCAAGAUUGGGCUCAUCCACUACUUGUCAUGAGAAUUUCAAAAUGUGAAUUCUAAAAUUGUCAAAUAUUCAAUACUGCAUUGCAGAGUGCCAUAAACUAUUGAUAGAGGACAAAACUUUCCUUUAUUAAAAUUGCCUUUUUGAAAGCCCUAGACUAUUUAUGUACAAACUUUUUCAUAACGAGCAGCUUGUAAAGGUGUUAAUGUUCCCAAAUUGUAAGAUAUAUAUUUUUUGUCUUGAUUUUGAAUCCAACUUUGAUAGAUCUGAUGUGCCUUGAAAUUUAGUUCCUUGUGUAUCUUAGUAAAUGUUGUCUUGUUUUCAUUUUAUAAUGAAGUUGAAAAUCACCUGAUGACAAUAUGUUUUAUAUAUAUAUAUAAAAUGUUUGAUAUAUAACAUUGGUUAUAUAAGUAAGUUGCCUGUAAUUUGGUUUCUUAUAUUACAAAUAUUUUGUGAAUGAAUAUGAGUUACUUCAGUUAUGUCAG